GCCAGUGACAUCGAUGCGGAUUUCGAAAUCUAUAGUGUUUUUUAACGAAUGAAUGUUAAUGUUUCAAUCUAAAUCUAAAUCCACUACAACAUCUUUAUCAACGGCAGGACGAUACUAUAAUUGAUUGCAAGUAGACGACUCAAUCUGAGUCUGGUGUGGUGAACAAGCCUAGAGUGGCGCACACGUGCUUCGUCUCGUUAUCUUAUGAAGCAGCACGGGUCAUUUUUGGACAAAGGAUGAUUCUCGAUAGGAGGUUUCUGAGAUUUGUAUGAAGUAUCCUUUCAUCUUGAGACGUUUUUCAUGUUCAUCUGAUCAUAUUGGUGUCAGUGUGUACUAUUUGUGUUGCACUAGUGUGUUCCGUGGCUUCUGCAAGUAUCGGUGGGCUCAUCAUUGGCGUGUGAAAGUAAGGUCUCUGUUGCUCCAGUCAGAUCGGUAAAUCGAAAAAGUUGAGUCUAUAUCUCUUGAGAGACGAGGACACAAAAAACAAACACGAUAUUUCUCCCACUGCCCAGGCUGUAUCCAAAUAGACCCCCCUUGUCUUCCACCUCGUGAUGUCUUUUCGUUUUUUGAGCCAAGCGAGACGUUUCUUUGGUUCUAUUCAGACAGAUUGAUUUCUGCUAAAAAGAUGUUUUCAGGUCCUCGACACACCAUAAUGACGAAGUAGUUUAAGCAGGCAAAAAAGUUUUCCACCCAAUCGAAACGAUCCACAACGCAGAUAUCGAAUGCUUUCAUCCGAACUGAUAGGAUUUAAGAAGCAUAAAUAGUUCGUUUUACUCUGAUCCCAGCACGAAGGUAAAACCCGCAAGAUGACCUUCCAACUGAAGCAGGGCAGGAAAUUUGACCCAGCUGGCUGGGAUCUCGUUCGCACCGAAGCACUGAUAAAAGCUGAGAAAUUGGCCGUGACGUCACGAGAUCAAAUCGCCACGUGGAAUAAAGAUGGGAAUUGGAGUUGGUACUUGGUGCGUAUAGAAGACUGCUUCUCCUCCAUGGUCUAUGAUAUAGGUACUUAUGUUUAAAUAUUUAGGAGAACAUGCAAGCUUGAUGCGCCGCGGCAUCCCGACAUGACAUCGAACCAGAUGCAGAAGUCGUGGCUUGAAUAGUCAAAAGUAAGUAGUCAAUACUCGUACAUAAAGGGGAACAACUUUUAACUAUCAUCUGUUUAUUUAGGAGAACAUGCAAGCAGGACUGACUCUCGGAAUCGCGGCUACAAGUAGAACAUGCAAGCAGGACUCACUCUCGGAAUCGCGGCUACAACAAGUAGACUCGUCUUCAAAUAUCUCUCAGGUUCAACAAAAACGGCUUUCAAGAUCCGUACGACGUUGAAACGCGCAAUCGAGUGCGGUUUCCUCAGCGUCCCUACGACUACCCUUAAGGCAGAUGACACUAAUGAGUAACCACUCAAGUUGUAUAAUUUUGUCACAUUCGUUUGUUGACUACACAAAUUUGUAGGACUUACAUGAUCUACAUUCCCACCAAGAAGUCAGUCUACCAGUACCAGCUGCACUAGUACAUCAACUUCCUUGCUAAUAUAGAAAUAUCUCUAAUCUCCUAUCCGCCCAGCCGGGUUACGCGACAGUGAGCCCAUAGACAGGCUGACUCGAACAUAUUCAGCUCUAGGGAGAGCGCAGUUUCUGGAUCGCGGUCCGCCAAUCCUGAAGGCGAAGCAAAUGGGCCACUCGCAGAGCACUGGAGAGUUACUCAUGAAGAGACUCGCAUAAGGAUAAGGGAAUGGAAGCACUUACUUCAUAGAUAUGACAGGAGAUGUAGAAUCAAGGUUUUCAUAGCAGAGCUUGUAUUUUUGUACUCCUGAGCAGCAAGGUUUUGCCUACGUCAAAAAUGAAUCUAAAAGCAUUUAUAUUCAUAAUGAAACUAUGCAUAGAACUGUACAUAAUAUUGCUUUUACUGUCUCUUCUAACUGUAUACCAUUGAACUACUACAUUGGAAUAUUAUAAAUAUAUAAUAUGCGGGAUCUUCUACAAGAACGAACUGGGAAAACACGGCUGAAAUCAGAACUACAUAGAAGGCUUUUUGCCCCGAGAAGGAGAGGAAAUUAUCUUCGUGAACCAAGAUAAGAAAUGUUGUACUAAAAACGUUUAGAACUACAAUUACUUCAAUGUAGG